AUGGGUGCUGAUGACUACACCGUCGUCCCCCUUACCCUUUUGGAUGCGACCGUGGGAAACGCCGAUAUCAUUGCCAGAGCGAGCUUCAUCUUUGAUGCACCGCUGUCAUUCGAGAAACUGCAGGAAACAUGGCACCAAACGCUGAGCAUCAGACCCAUCAUGCAGUCGCGGAUACGCCGCUCUACAACAGCCCCCUCAGGGUUAGAGUACCACGUCUUGACGCCUAGUGGCAUGGAAAGGUACUUGCAGAGCCAGAAGCAAGCACCCGACCAUCUAAAAGACUUCUUUUGCCUCGACGAAUGUGAUCGCUCCAUCACCGACUUCUGCGCCGGCUUUGGAGUCGGUCCCAGCGCACCGAGUCACUCAUACAGAGUCUUUGUUGCCGACAGUGCCUGUUCAGCGGACGAAAAGCGUUGCAUGGCCUUCAACGGCGCACAGUCUCUUGACGAGAUUCUUGACGGUGACCGGCCAGCUACAACAAUCCAAGUCACCCGAUUCCGAGAUGCCACACUCAUCACUGCCUCUCUCACCCACCUCAUCGGCGACCUGUUCACCGUAAAGGCUAUCUUCAAAGGCUGGGAAAGCACACUGCACGGCAAUCCGCCUCCGCCAUUUGAAGGGCUCGGACGAGACCCCUUUACUGCCUACGGACCCGGAGGAGAGCUCGCAGGCAACGACAUCAACUCCAGCCGGCCUCCAUUACCACCAGGCUGGCAGAUCUACGGUCCAAUCGACAAAGCUCGCUUUGCGUCUCGGCUUCUAUGGGACACCAAGAUCUCACGGCCCGAAAACACCAUCUCUCAAAAGUACAUCUUCGUCUCCGCAGACGAAGCCCAGCGCUUGGAGGAGGAAGCAAAGCAGGACCUGGCCAAGCUGCAAGGGCAGCACCCGGCCACCGUCACCCGCUCCAACGUCCUAUACGCCUGGCUCCUCAAAAACAGCACAACCCAUCUCAGCCCAAACGAAUGGAGCGCCCCCGUCACAAUCGUCAACACCCGCGCCCGCCCCCCAACCGGCAUGACGCCGCAGUCCGAAUCAACCGCCUCCUUCCCCUCGCACAACUGGUACGGCGCCGCAAUGGCCACCGGCCUCCCCAGCCUAAAAGCCCACACGCUGCGCUCCAUGUCGCUCGGCGAACUAGCCCUGCACAUCAAGACCGGGAUCCGCGAGGCCUCAACACCCGAGAACACGCGCCGCUUCCUCUCGUACACCCUCCACAACAGUCUCUGGAGAAAACCCUCCGGCAAGCUCGCGCUCUUCUGCCCGCCCGGCCAUAACUGGUCCGGCCUGACGGAUUGGCGGCUGAUCCAGCUGCAGGAUAUGGAUUUUACGCCUGCUCGGUUAGAUGGGGACGCGAAGGUUGAGGUUUGUGCGUUUAGCACGCAUAUGCUCACGGCGUUUUCGCAGCGCGAUCGCUGGGUUUGUAUGGGGCAGGCUGGGGGCGGCGUGUGGUUUGUUGGUAUUGCCGGUGAUAGGCAGUGGGAUGAUCCCAGGGGGUUUGGGAAGUAUCCUAGGCUUCAGAGGAGGGUGAGGACGAGUAGGCUUUAG